AUGCUUCGAUCGGUACGAGCUACUGCUGCCGGCCCAGCCAGGAACCUGCUUGGGCCGAGGACAGCUCCGCGAUUUGCAGCGGGUUGCACAUGCAACACCUCCUCAUCUGCAUCUGCAUCAGCGUCCAUUUCCCCAUUCCCCAAGGCAUCUUUGCCCUCGACAUCUCUCCUCCGAUCCCAGCGAAACUUCCAUGCGACAUCGUUAAGAAUGGGCAACACCAGGACCGAGAGCGACGCCUUUGGCGAGAUCCAGGUGCCCGCUGACAAGUACUGGGGAGCUCAGACCGAGCGAUCUCUUGAGAACUUCAAGAUCAACCAACCCCAGGACCGCAUGCCCCCCCCGAUCGUGAAGGCUUUUGGCAUUCUCAAGGGUGCUGCUGCUGCUGUCAACGUGAACUAUGGCCUUGACAAGAAGGUCUCGGAUGCCAUCCAACAAGCUGCCAAGGAGGUUGCUGACCUCAAGCUGCUCGACCACUUCCCUCUCGUUGUCUGGCAAACUGGAUCUGGUACUCAGUCCAACAUGAACGCCAACGAGGUCAUUUCGAACCGAGCCAUCGAGAUUCUAGGCGGUACCAUGGGUUCCAAGAAGCCCGUCCACCCCAACGACCACGUCAACCGCUCUGCCUCCUCCAACGACACCUUCCCCACCGUUAUGCACAUUGCCGCUGUCCUCGAGAUUGAGGACCUGCUCCUCCCUGCUAUCAAGUCUCUCCGCGCCGCCCUCCAGAAGAAGGUUGACGAGUUCGACGCCAAGAAUAUUAUCAAGAUUGGACGAACUCACUUGCAAGAUGCUACCCCCUUGACAUUGGGCCAGGAGUUUUCCGGUUAUGUUGCGCAGCUGGACGCAGGUGUGAAGCGUGUUGAAAGCUCUCUUCCCGACCUCAAGCUGCUUGCACAGGGUGGUACUGCUGUUGGUACUGGUAUCAACACUUUCCAAGGGUUUGCUGAGGCUAUUGCCGAGAAGGUCAGCGAAAUGACCGGCAAGGAUUUCAAGACCGCUCCCAACAAGUUCGAAGCUCUUGCUGCCCACGACGCUAUCGUCCAGGCUCACGGGUCGCUUAACACCCUGGCUGGCUCUCUCACCAAGAUUGCCCAGGACAUUCGAUACCUUGGCAGCGGUCCUCGCUGCGGUCUCGGUGAGCUGAACCUGCCCGAGAACGAGCCUGGUUCGUCCAUUAUGCCUGGAAAGGUCAACCCUACCCAGUGUGAGGCUUUGACCAUGGUUUGCGCUCAAGUCAUGGGUAACCACGUUGCUACCACCAUUGGUGGCAUGAACGGCCAGUUCGAGCUGAACGUCUACAAGCCUCUUGUUAUCCGUAACCUGCUCCACAGUGUUCGCAUCCUUGCAGAUGGUAUGACUUCGUUCGAGAAGAACCUGGUUGUGGGUCUCGCUGCCAACGAGGAGAAGAUUGCUAGCAUCAUGAAAGAGUCGCUUAUGUUGGUCACUUGCCUCAACCCCAAGAUCGGUUACGACAUGGCUAGCAAGGUUGCCAAGAACGCUCACAAGAAGGGUCUUACCCUGAAGGAGAGCGCUCUCCAGCUUGAUGCUCUCAGCGAGGAAGAAUUUGACCAGCUUGUCAAGCCUGAGCUUAUGAUUGGCCCUUCCGCUUACAAGGCAUAG